AUGUCUGUGAAGCCCAUUGACAACUUCAUCAUGAAUAGCGUUCGCCUAUUCGAGGUGAAUCCAUCUCAGACACUAUUUUCUAUAUCGUAUAAACCACCCACACCAAAAAAAAACACUAAAGUAUCUUUCAGAACUCAUAACUCGCAUCUGUCCUCGAACUACAAAUUUACCACGAAUAAGAGCAAAGAUGUUUCGAGAUUGCUUAGUGCAUUGGGCCCAAGAGGUGUAUCUGUAACCCCAGGCAAAAUCGAAAAAAAAGCACAAUUAAAGAAAAAGCAAAAGAACGCUAAGGUAAAAGAAUCUGAUAAGAAGAUAAAAACCAAAAAUAUUCAAGAUGUUGUCGGUCUGGUCACUUUAAUCGUGAAUACUGAUGUUAAGAAAAGCGAACCUACGGCCACGAAAACGGCUGCAGGGCAGAAGCAAGGUGCCAAUACUGUGCAGAAUAAUAAUGGUGGCUCUUCAGCUUCGAAGAAGAAGAAAAACAAGAACAAGGGCAAAAAGAAGCGUUAA